AUGAAGGCCUCGGGCACCCUGAGAAAGGUAGUUGGAAGAUGCCUGCCUACUCCCAAGAGUCCAGUGCCACCUCUUUAUCGGAUGGGGAUCUUUGCUCCUAAUCAUGUUGUAGCAAAGUCCCGAUUCUGGGACUUUGUUUCCCAAUUGAAAAAGAUGAACAAGUCUUCUGGAGAAAUUGUGUACUGUGGACAGGUCUUUGAAGAAACCCUUCUUCAGGAGAAAAACUUUGGCAUCUGGCUGUGCUACAAUUCCAGGAGUGGGACCCACAACAUGUACAGGGAGUACAGAGACCCGACUCCUGCUGGUGUUGUCACUCAGUGCUACCGAGAUAUGGGGGCCCAUCACCAUGCCAGGGCCCACUCCAUCCAGAUUAUGAAAGUGGAAGAAAUUCCUGCCAGCAAAUGCCGCCGGCCUGCAGUCCCACUGCCCCACAGAGUCCUGCCACGCCAGCACAAGCCACGCUUCACUACCAAGAGGCCCAAUGCCUUCUUCUGA